CUCGCGAGAUUCUGGGGUAGGAGAGCACUAGCUAAAAGCUCAAGUCUGUCGGAAGCAAAUUGAAAUAAAAACCAAGCACAAAUAUGUCUGGACGCUCGGUUCGCGCUGAGACACGAAGCCGCGCUAAAGAUGACAUGAAGAAGGUGAUGGCGGCCAUUGAGAGGGUCAGAAGAUGGGAGAAGAAAUGGGUGACUGUCGGAGACACAUCUUUGAGAAUAUUCAAAUGGGUGCCAGUCGUGGAUACAAAGGAAAAGGAGAAGAGUAAAUCGGCCUCUGUUGGGGCAGUCAGGGAACUCAAUAGCUUCUCUACAGAUCCAGCCUCAGAAACCACCCACUCAAGUCUUUUGGAUUUUCAUGAUGAGAACAGUAACCAGAGCUCCCUUUCUGAUGCAUACCAGCCCAAAGUGGACAGCAGUAGUAACUCCAGCCCCCAGCCCAGCGAACCUCUCAGCCCCAAGAACCUGUGUGAUUUUCGCACAGAUGACUCCCAGCCCCCCACUCUGGGCCAGGAGAUCAUGGAAGAGCCGUCAUUGGCAAGUGAACUGGCUGAUGAACCUCCAUUGCUGAUUAAAGAGGACCUGUUGCCCCUCACUGCUCAGGAGGAAGAGGAUUGUUCUGGAGCUCCACCAUUGAAGAGAGUGUGUUCUGAUCAGAACUCUGUUCUACAGAGCUCCUCAAUGUUAAGCUAACAAUCACAAACUGCACUUUGCAUCAGGGUCAAGCCCAAUUCACUUCGGGGCAUUUUGUUCAAUCUCCUUUUGUGAUUUUGAUUUUUUUUUUUUUUUAACUGGGACACUUCAGGUUCACUAAUUGAAAUAUUAACUUAUCUAGUCAGCACGUUGCACAGCCACCAGUCAAACCUUACAGUGACUGCAAACGAAACAGAGGACCAGACUUCUUGUGUUCAUUUAAGGACCAUCAUACUUGUUAAGAUGAUAUAUUGAAUCUCUUUUGAAGUGAUUUAUUUAUGAAAGGAUCUAGGAUCUAGGUAGUUUAGAAGUUUUUGUUUGAAUGGAUUAACAGCCAAAUACAAAACCAAAGCACUCUCUACCCCAGUAGUAUAGUCCAGGCAGGUUAGAUGUCUGUCCUUUUUAUUUUCUUUGAUUUGAGAAAUAAUUUUCUCCAAAAUGUAACUUAAUGUGUUAACUAAUACCAGUUGGUAAAGUCUGUUAAACAUUGGUUCUUCUCUGAGCUUAGGAUCCACCUAAUUCAAUGACCUUUAGUCAGCUUUCUAAUGGUUUAAUGUCAAUAUAUUUGGAACUCAUCAAAAUAUGGAGUUGAACAAUGCAAUUAUUCAUAUGUACUUCCAAACAUUUUCUUUAAACUAUAAAUACAAUCAAUGAUAUACUGCUGCAGGAUCAGCUGGCUAGUGCAUGGGAGUAAUGAGGGACUUUAAUAGAGGUAUGCACUUGCAAAAACUAUUUAGAUUUUGGUUUUUUUGGAAGUGCAUAACAUGCUUAACAUCAGUAAUGACUACAGUUGCUCUGCGCAACUCUAUUUUGGUAUGUAAAAUAAGUAUUUUGAAAUGAACAUUUUAUAAGGCUGGCUAAUGAUUCAUUUAUAUUUGAGAGAAGAGAACCAUUAAAAAUAUGUUUACCAUAGGUACUGCAAAAAGGUGAAUUAAGCUAUGGUUGGUGUUGGUUCGGAUAGGAUUGGUGUGAAUUUUGUGCCAUUAACACUUGUUUAUUCAAUGCAGCUUUCAGGAUCUCUGUCAGCGACAAUGCAUGAUUAAUCAAGUGUCAACUCCGUUCAUCCAGGACACACUGGGGUGCAAAUAACAAGCACUUCUAAAAUCAUUUAACAUUGACCAAUGUUUCAAAAUUACAAGUAGGUUACUGCAUGUGCUGUUUUUGAAUAAACAUCACAUUAAUGAAUAGGUAACUAAUAGGUCCUUAUGUUUUAUUUAUCUCUUAAAGAAUGUAGUUAUUUAAGAUAGGGUUCAUUUUUUUUUAAGUUUAAAAUGUUGAGAUAUUGUCCUUAGUAACCCAAAGAAGCAUUUGUCUUUCUCAGAGAUGUUUUGUUUUAUAUCAUAUUUUACUUGAGUGAAAUUAGGAAAUGAAUUUAUCAGGUUAGCAUGUACACUGAAAAUGUGAUGUUACUUUGGAGAGAGUAAUACUUAAAAAUAGUAAUGAAUUAUACUUUUUCACUUGCUGACAAUUGACAGCAUGAGACAUGUUUGGCAAAUAUGACCCAGUCUGUUGAAUAGUGGUUUGCCAAUAUUAGAAGAAAUGCUGUAAAUUGUGUGAGACAGUGACUUGCACAAACUAGUGAUUACCAACUUGUAACAGUUUUCAUUUUCAGUAUUUCAUAGUACAGUCUUUUGACUAGAUAUGGUUAUUUCCAGGUUUAUCAGUCUGUCCCAUGGGGGAAAAUGAUUUGGAAUGCAUUUACAAUGUGGUGACUUAUGUAUCCAGAUUUAAAUUACUAUCUUGAGGAUUCAUUUGGACAGUGGGCCUAAAACAUUUUUAUUUUUAAAGAGUGAUGUUUGGAGAACAGUUUGUAAAGAGUACUUUGUAUUUUGUCAUUUUCCAACUACAAAUUAUUUUAUAAAAGAGUAUGGAUUUGGAAAUAAUUUGUGCACAUUUUAUCUUUUCUGUUUUUUUUUUUUUUUUAAACAUGCCAUGGUUUAAGUGUUUUAGUAAUUUAAAUUGUUGUGUGCCUUACUGUGUUGUACUUGAGUUCUACAACCGGUAUGAACCACGCCAUGAAAGGAUCUUGCCAAUAGAUGGAGGUAGAGGGACACAGCCAAUUCUAAUGGUAGACAAAGUCUACUUUGCCUUUGUUGUCUGCAAUAAAAAAAGUCAACAUUAUUUAAUUACAGGUACAUACAGUUUGAAGAAAUAUUAAACUUUAUUUAAAUUACCGGUAACAAUACGUGUAGUUAUGCAAAUAGUGCAGUUUCAGCGUGCUGCAGUAGAUUUUAAUUUUCAAAAGGAAAACUGUAAAGAUUUGGUAUACAAAAAAGUGACUGCUACUAACUAGUGAUUACCAACUUAACAUAUAACAUAUUUUCAGUACAUUUUCUGUUAGACAUUGUUAUUUACAGGGAUGCCAGUCUGUAAAAUGGGCCACUAUAAUGAAGGUAUAUACAUUGUGAUGACUUCUGUAUCCAGAUUUAAAUUACCACCUUGCAGAUUAAUUUCAGUGGUAGGCCUAUUAUUUAAUGCAUUUUUUUUUUCAAUUAAGAUGUUUGGAGAGGAGUUUGUAAAUAGUACUUUGUAUUUUAUUGUAAUUUAUUGUAAUUUUUCAAGUACAAAUUAUUUUAUAAAGGAGUAUGGAUUUAGAGAUCCUCUGUGCAUAUUUAAUUUUUUUUGUUUAAAAACACUGUGGUUUAAGCUUUUUAUUGCAUUUUUGAAUUGUUAUAUGCCUUAACGUGUUGUACAACCAGUGGGAAUUAAAUCCAUAAAAGGAUGUUGUCAAUAGAUGGAGCUAGAGCUGCAGUGGGCAAAAUACAUCCUGUCCGGCAAUCCUAUUCAAUCCAAUGGUAGGUUUGAGUGAAAGAGUUUAUUUGCUGUGAGCCAGACGGUUGGAUGGGGCCAGUCGAGGGUCACAAUGUCUCCUAAUGAUUGUUUAGAAGGUCCAUGUCCCUAGAGUACUGUAUGAGAUUGAAAUACACUGUCUGCACUAUCUUUCAUCCUGCCCUCCCAUUCAAUUCUUUUUCCUACAUAAGGAUUUUACCCUAAUACUACCAAUGUUGGCAUACGAGUUGUUGCUCACAGAAAUCAUAGCCUUUAAGUAUAGCUCAUUGGAAAGCUGAAAUCUAGUAUGCCCAAUUGUAUGUUCAUAGUGAUGUAGAAAAACACAUCCGAAUGUAAUUAUUCACAGAAUGUUGGUAAGAAUGUGCCCAAAAGCUGUCAGAGUAUCUUUUCAUGUCAUAUACAAUUAUGUAGCCUUUAAAAGAUGAGUAAAUUAGAUG